AUGCCUUCAGAAGCGCCCCCAAACCCGCUGUCCUACCCCAGCCUCAGCAAACUGAUGCUAGCUUCCCUCCCAAAAGACGCCACGCCGCAUAUCAACAACUCUUGGGAUGCCGUCGCCUUGGCUGCUCACGCCUCCAUGAUCGCCUUGGCUUUCCGGCUCGUGGGACUGGGGGAAGAUCACCGAAUUGAAGCGCAUUCGGAUUCAGAGGACACACAGCCUUUACCGGAGGAAUGGAAUGCUACGAGUGGGAGUUAUGCUUUUCGGUACAAGCACGGGCAAUCGAGCAUGGAAUUCUUGAUCAAAGUCACGAGGAUGGGAGGAAAAGUCGUCAUCAUGGGUAUGGCUUUGGGUGACGACAGGACUGCGACGUUUGAUAUGAAGGCACAGGACUAUGUGAGUGAGGGGAAUCUACCGCUUACGUUAGAGGGGAAUGAUGAAGAGGAAAAGAGGAAGAAGGUGGUGGAUGCCUUCAUCAGUGUAGGGAGAUUGAGCGACUUUGGAAGUUUGAUGAGAGUGCAUUUGGUGCAGAAGUUUGCGCCGAGCUUGAGGAAGGAGGGAUAUGAGGAGUCGUCCUCCGCUUCGACGCCAGGCACGAGGCAGCCAGCACCAGGCCGGGAAGACAACACACCACAGUACGACCCUUUGAGGGAAGACASAGAUCCUCGCGCUCAACCUCAUCCACUUCACGACCCUCUCGCACGGCCCCUACGUCCACGCGGUCCUCUCCCGGAACCCAUUCCAGGAUUUGAUGACGAGCUUGAUCUUCAGCGUCCUCGCAGAGGAAUAGGCCAACCUGGUGKCGGGUUCGGAAGAAUCGGUGAGCGAGAUCUCUACCCGCAGGGUCUAGGACCCAACGACCCUCUACGUGGAGGUAUCGGACCUGGCUUUGGUGGCGGCAUGGGAGGUGGUGGCAUGCAUCCCACAUUCGAUGAUCCCCUCUUCCAAGGACAGGGCGGACGCGGUGGUCCUUUCAACGGACAAGCUCCACCUGGGGCUAGGUACGACGAUCCGUUUGGGCCGGGAGGACCUGCGGGUGGUCACCCUAGAGGCGCCGGGAUGGGUGGUAGACCGCCAAAUCCGUUCGGAGGAUUUGGAGACGGAGAUUUCCUCUGA